GUCACCCAACUUCACUUCAACACUCCAAAUUUCUUUCUCCUGAUUGUGCAACCGAACUAGGGUCUUACUAUCCAUUUACCAUCCCAGGUUCAUCGCUCAGAGCAUCCGUGUCUUCCGACCGAUGAAUCCAGCUAGCCAUAAUGCGGACAACAACCCACGAACCCCGCCAACCGUGUCCUCAACAUCUCCAUCAGAUACCACUUCUCCAGGCACGAUAUCCUCGAAAGGUCGCUUGCUAGAUGCAGAAGAUCUUGCUCGCAAGCGUGCCCGGGAUCGCAAGUCGCAGCGGGCGAUGCGCGAACGGGCGAAAUGGAGCAUGCAAUGUCUGACAGAUCAGGUCACCGCACUGACCCAGGCUCUGCAAAACGAGACGCGGGAGAAAGAAGACCUCAUGAGCCGCUUUCUCGCCGUCAGCGAAGAACUAGAUCACCUCCGCGUCCAAAAGGCAGCGCUGCAGCUACGCCUGUUAGGGAACGGCGCGAGCACUUCCAAGCCAGAGUCGCCAGAUGGAACGUCGCCAGCGGCAUUGGCGCCGCAUGAAGCAAUUCCGCUGAACACGGCCCCAACUACGAUGAGCGACCAGAUUCUGCAGACUUUUGCUGAGGCGAGGUGGGAGGCGUAUGCGUUCCCGAGUCAUGCGCGGGUAGAAGCGUAUCCCGAGAAGCCUGACCUCAGCGCCUUGUUCGAUGGCAGACCGAACAGAAUUAUCGACGAAACCAGCGGGGUUGUCGGUGACAUCGUACGAAGUUAUAAGGAGAUCGAUACGCUACCCAAGCAGGUAGCGGUACACUAUGUUAUGUCCACCUUGAUGAAAUGGCAAGUCCUGCGUAACAAAGCAUCCUAUGACCAGAUGCCAGAAUGGUUGCGACCACUUGAAUGUCAAAUACAAGUUGCUCAUCCUUCUUGGAUUGAUCGCAUAGCAUGGCCCAAUGUCCGACAAUACCUCAUCGAGCGCCCAGGCAUCGCCUUUGACGACUUCGCUGGCGCCUACUCUGCCUCAUUUUUCAUCCGGUGGGACUAUGACCCAAACCAUGUCAUCAUCACUACCUCCGCAGCCGAAGGUGGUGGUAUCCUGAUCAACCCAAUUUACGAAGAGCAUAUCCGCCAACUAAAGAAUUGGACUGUUGGCGACGCCUUCCGUCGCAAGUUUCCUGAGCUGAGUACUUUGGUCGACGUUUAUUCUCAGCCGGAGCACGUUCCUUGA